AUGGAUUCUUCAAGAAGAGGCAACAAUGGCGGACAACGUCCAAGUGGCAAUCGGGAGUGGAACCAGCAUACAAGUUUUAACAACAUGCAGCGUCAGAGGGGCUUUCGUAGGGGUUUUGUGAAUCGUGGAACCUCUCCACUUGUUUCAAAUUCUUUCAUGUCUCCACAAAUGCAUGUGCCAGUUCCCCCUUUUGGCAACAAUUUCAUGUAUCCUGAUUUGGCCUCUUAUGUUCAAGGUUCAACUCAAUCUGCAUCGCUGAUGACACCGAUGCAGUCUCCAGUGUCCUUACCUGUUCAAGAUCAAGAUUUGCAUGAAAAGAUUGUGAAACAAAUUGAUUAUUAUUUCAGUGAUGAGAGUUUGGUUAAAGAUUUAUACUUGCGACAAAAGAUGGACGAACAAGGUUGGGUUCAUGUCACUUUAAUAGCAAACUUCAAGAAAGUUUUGUGUUUAACUGACAAUGUUAAGCUAAUUCUUGAUGUAAUGCGGGCAUCAAGAGCUGUGGAAGUGAUGGGUGAGAAGAUGAGGAAGCGAAAUGAUUGGAUGAGAUGGAUUAUCCCAAGUUCCAUUAAUGUUGAAAGCUGUCAUGGUAAUUCGGUAUCGAAUCGCAACAUGGUGGAGGCUUCCAUGGUUUUCAGGGGGCAACCAUGGCUCAAAUGAAGCUCGGGUACAAAAGAGAAUAAUGAUGGAACAUAUGGUUUAUAAGUAAAAGAAUACGUUUUUCUUCCAUUUUUUUUAAACGAGAAGAUCUCGAUGAUGAAUUAUGUAGGGGAUAUCAUGGAUUUCUAUGGCAUAUUGAAAUUAUGUUUUGAGAUGUCCAUUUAACACAUACAAAACAUGAAAAUAAUAAUAAUAAUAAUAAUAAUAAUAAUAAUAA